GCCUUAUAGAUUUCAAAACUAAUGUUUCAGAGACCGGUGAUGGGAGUGUACAAAUGACUGUGUUCCUCCUUCACUCGAUCAUUUCACAUUUCCCCCUUCACCUGAAAUAAAUGUCUGCAGAUUUACCUUUUCUCAUAAAUGCCACCACUACACAUCUAUUCCCCUUUUGCAAUCCCCUGUUCUGAUAUACUAGUGAAAUUUGAGAAGUGUGGGUUACAGAGCUCUCUCAUGUUUAUUUCUUCUCGACAGAUUGAAGACGCCCAAACGGGCAGUGUUUGCAGGCAGCAUGCAGCUGUUGGCUGGAAUUAAGCUGUGUACGGGAAGAAUAUUGACAAACCAUCCACACUACGAGGACCAGGCGCUGAGGGAGAGGACCAGACAGGUAUAUCAGGUCUAUGCGCGUCAGUCUGCCGAGGAGGUUCAUAAAGUGCUCUGUUCGGUUGGAGCGGACUACAUCGUGCUGGAGGACAGCAUCUGCUACGAGCGCAGGCACAGCCGUGGCUGUAGGCUGAGGGACCUGCUCGACCUGGCAAACGGUCAUGUAGGUCACAAACUCACACAGCAUCUCCAGUUCAUGCCCACACACGCCAAGCUUGUUCCAUUUCAGUGAAAGUUUCUCCGCAAGAACCAGAGAUUUCUUUUCCGAGCAGCUUUGCCCUUUACUGAAGUUUUCACGCGGAUAUAAGCAAAUAUCAUUUGGUUUAGACACCAAGCUCACUGGUCUUUCUUUGAUUUAUUUUUGUCUUUGGCUCUCCGAGGUGUUUUCAUUUCGUGCAUAAAAUGUGUAGAACUGUUUUGUGUAAAGUUGAUGCUUACAUUUUUCAUUUUGUCACAUAAUCUUGUUCUCACUCACCCACAGCUCAUAGUUGUUAAAUAUUGCUUCACCCUGCUUGCAAUCUAGCUUAAGUAACUUUUUUUUCCACUUGGGUAGCUUGAUUGUUCUGUAGUUAAUUAUAGUUGUGCAUAAUAUCUGACAAAAGCAAAAUUUCCAACUUCUAAGCUGCAGCACUUCAUAUUUCUGUCUGUGCACACGUCAGCUUAAAAAAAAAAUCAUCUCUUCCACAUCCUAGCAAAGAGCUCUGGCUGAAAAUAUCUUGUCAGCAGUUGUCAUUCAUGUGUCUGAGGUGAAUGCCAUGCCUUUGAAAGAUCUCACAGAAGUUCGCCUCACUUGCUCCUCUUGAUCUGACUUGAGCAGUCAAUGAAAGAGCCUCGCUCACUUACUCAUUUGAUGCAGCCCGACUCCUUCCUUCAGGCUGCCUCCAGCAGUUUGAAUAAGAUUCACUAUUGUACCAUGUUCUGUGUGCAUAUGUUAGUUUAACCUUGAUUCAAUCUGUCUGGUUUAAUUAAACAUUGCUAAUUGCAGACAGAAUUACCCAGGAAGCUAUAUGCAAUACUGAUGGCCCAGAAACAGCAAUGUUGUGUGCGGUAUACUUUUUUCAAUUCGCUCUGAUCUCUCCCAUGGGUGGCAGUUUUUUCGAUCUCUGGGUGUUUCAAUGGUCUCACAGCAGCAUUUCAAGGCCUUUCUGUUAAUUUGGGAAUAUAUCUCAAAGUAAAUGUUUAAAAAAAACCUCAGGGCACAAUUUCUCUAACACUUUAAAGAUAAAGAAGUGGAAUACUCUUUAAAAGAAGACUUCUGAGACUCUUCUUCAUCUGAGAACCGCUCUAAAAUGUUCACCAUAAAUGUAAAAAAAAAAAAAAAAAUUCUUAUAGAAAAGCACCACCAUUUCUACAUCCCACUCAGACCCUGUGUCCAUUACAAUGGACAUCACAUGUCAGCCCCCUUUUUUUAACUUCUGGAGCAUUUCACAAUGGACAAAUAUGAAAUAAAAAUGCAAAAAUGGAGUCACUAGACCCUUCCAGAGCUGAUAUACUGAGAUCCCACGCAACAUUUAUGCCAUGAUAAAUAUCUCAAUAUCUCAGCUCUGGAAGGGUCUAGAGCCUCCAUUUUUGCACUCAGAUCUUAGUCUCAUGG